AUGAACAGAAGUUAUAGUUACGUAGCGCUCACGGAUUUCCCUGCCGAAUGCCUCUACGAUAUCUUUUUGUACCUAAAAAAUGAUAAUGCUUCUCUUUUCAAUUGUUUAAUGGUAAAUCGUAACUGGUGCCGUCAAGCAAUCCCUUUAUUAUGGCGUAAACCAUUCAGAGAUCAUUCUAAUGUUACUAUGCCAUAUUUACUCAUCCGAACUUAUUUAUCUUGUCUUUUUGAUAACGCAAAAAAACGUUUAAACGCUGCUGGUUGUAGACAUCGUACUCUAUUAUCAAAUCCUUUAUUCCCUUAUCCUUCAUAUCUACGUGAAUUGGAUUUCGCUGAAUUAGAUAAUGCUUUGGAUAUUUGGUUAAUCUAUGGAUUAGAGUAUGAAUAUGAACCUCCAACUUUAAGACAUGUACUAUCAUCUGAAGUUUAUAAAUUAUUAUUCACUCAUUGUAAAAGUUUAUGGAAUUUGAAGAUUGGUCAAUAUGAUGAUGAUUAUACUAUAAUGGAUAUUGCUCAAGUUGCAAAAGCUCCACAAACUCUUUCCACUCUUCGUCAAUUUGAACUUUGUGGUGACUUUGAUUGCUUGGAACAUGAAGAUAUUGAUAACCUUUCAAACAUUUUAACUACUAUGUCUCAUUUUUCUCUCAAUCUUCAACAUUUAAAGAUUAAUUUAACUUCAGAUGAGGAUAAAUGUUUAUUAAAACGUUUAAGAAGGUUAAUCAGAGCUCAAUCUUCGUUAAAAUCUUUCAUAUACUCCCAAGAACUUGGUUGUGUUAUGGAUACUAAAUCUGUUAUGACAGCAUUAACAACUCAAUCAAAAAAUCUUGAAAAUUUGGUUCUCGAUGUUGUCCCGUUAAAUAUGACGUGCCUAAAAUUUUUGGAACAAUUUAGUAACUUGAAAACUAUACGAUUUAUAUAUUGUUAUAUUAAAAGUGAUGAAGUUAGUUAUUGUAAAGAUACUGGAAAACUUCUUGAUAUUGUUCCGGAUGAAAAUGACGUUGAAGGUAAUGGUGAAGAAUCGUGGAAAUUGAACGUGGAAAAAUUGGUAUUUUUGAAAAAUAAUUUUAGGCUUAUGACCAUAAACUUAGUAAAAAUAGCUCACUCUAGUUUGAAAGAGCUUACGAUUGAUCAUGCGACUGUUGAGUUGCUCACUGAAAUUACACAUCGAUGUGUGAAUCUUGUGUAUUUGGCGAUUGGAAUCUCACGUAUACCAGUUGAUGAGUUAUAUAAGAUUUCGAGUAUGAAACUUGAAGUAUUAGCUAUUGGAUGGAGCCUCUCUAAUAAGGAGAAUACUGAAGAUCUUGUAAAUAUAGAAUUAACUAACGAAGAAUGUAAAAAACUAGGAAAAUUUUUACCAUCAUCAUUACGUCAUCUACACAUCGACUUCCCAAUGACACCACCUCAACUUGACACGGUGCUUUGUAACUGUGUCAUGCCACCUGUCAUUAGUUUGAAAUUUAGUCUAUUAAAUUUUGAGAAAUGUGCCGAGGUUGUUUUCAAGUGUGUGAAGGAUGUUUAUGGAUUUCAAGAGGUGAAGAUUACAAAAUUACCAAAGAAUGCAUCUAUUAUGGAUAUGAUGUUGUGGGAAAGAAAUUUUUUCCAUAUGGUAGAAUUGGGACGGAUGGAUGGCAUUAAGGUUGGAGUAGAACGUGAAGAACCAUUUGGGAUUCAACAUUAA